ACGAGUUCAAUGAUUUUUCAACGUCUAUAGAGAGAGCGGGCUUUCAUAAGUAAUACUUGGAAGUUAUUUUUGUUGCCGGUGUGUAGUAGGUUGAUAUAUGCAGUAUACUUUAAUCAGAUUUCUACAUUGCCAACACCGUCAUGAAGCUUUUAGCAGCAUUUCUGAUUUUUUCUGGCAUAGCGAAUGCACAAGAUUGUGGGGCUGGUUGGGUAAAACGACCCAAUACAAAUUUCUGCUAUUAUCUGGAGCAAACUGCUCAAACUUACAAUGAUGCUAUGUAUGACUGUGUUUCGAAAAAUGGAAUACUGUCUCAUGUUUUGGAUCAGGCAGAACAGGACUUUACAUAUGGACUGAUCAAGACACAAACAAAAGAUGUGUGGCUCGGUCUGACUGAUAUGGACGACGGUGAGGGUACCUGGAGAUGGACGGCCUUUAUUUGUAUAGAAAACACAUACUGGGAUGAAGGACAACCAAGUUAUGGAAACGGCGGCUCCGAAUGUGCCGUAAUGAAAGCUAACUCAGGCCUUUGGGACGAUAUGAAUUGUGAGGAAAUGUAUCCUUAUAUUUGUAAGAAAAAAUUGGUUUCACCUGGCGAUUGGACUUAUGUACUGCCAACUAAUCUGGCUUGUAGCGAUAACUGCAAAGAUAAGUUCCCUUUCGGCGUAUGUGUGACCUACGACUAUCGCACCAGCCCAUGCGUGUAUCAACUUAAAAUGUUCGACAGUGAAUCAAACGGCGUUACAACUUACUACGUUCGAUGCACAACAUCGCUGACAGUACCAACUACAACUACAAAAACAACUACCGCUCCAACAACAAAGACCAUAUCGACUAUUACUACUCAACCAACAACAAAAAUUACCACAACUGUAAUCACUACCAUCCCAACUACAGCAAGUCCAAGACAGAAUCCUACCGCCCCAAGAAGACACCAAAAUAAGAACCAUGAUAGCGAUUGUGAGGAAAACUCAAGAUUCGAAUUUUCACAUCCAAGUCCUUUUCUGUCGCGGUUUGGUGCUAAAGGGCGUAAGCAAGCAAAUCGUCGUACUGGCCGCAAGUUUCCAUGGCUUUAGGUAAGCCACGACAAUAGAAAGCAAGAAAACAGAGGCGGUGCUGCAAAAUAGACAUCAAUUAUAAGCAACCUCCUUAUCUAGGUAGUAGGUCGCACUACGUACAGUAAGUUUUGUAAUGGAAAUCGAAUAGCUCAAUAACAUCCGAAGAUAUCUGAUCCUUAUCUGUCUUUGACUGAAGGUAAAACAGCCUGAAUAAAUCUAACCAUCGGUAGCUCACUCAGCUAGAAUGUAUUAUUUUAAUGUUAACAAAAGCUGAGAAAAUUUCGUUCUUUUUCAAUAUGAAAAGUAAAAUGUAAUACAAUUUUUUAAUGUAAGUAACUCUAACACAUUGUUUUUGUUUACAGCUAAUUUUGGCCAUUCUAGCAACAGCCUGGCAUGCAUCAAUAUUGUUACGUCAUGUAGUAGUCUUGAACAGUACUCUUUUUAAUUAAAAAAAAAUAUAUGCAUGUUAAUGGAGUCUAUGAUAUAAAUUAUAUUUUGUUAAAGAUUUUUAUCGAAACACAUUUUUAAUUUAUUUUUAAAUGUUGCUCAUGUUUUGGAAAUUAACGUUUUUUUAACAAAAUCAUUCUUAAUUAA